AUGAAGUCCGUUUUCCGUUUUUCAAGCGCCCACCCCGCUUUUGUUUCCGCCAGCUCUCUGGAAACCUGCUUCUCCCGUCCGCUGCCCUUUUCAACGCCUUUCAGCGUUACUCUGGUUAGCCUUGACGGUGAGACUCUUGCAGCCAAACUGGCCUCCACCCAGAAGCCUUCCAAGAGAGCUCGCUUCAAGGAGCUCCUCAGACGUCUUUUCAGACGCGACAGGAAAUCCUACGUCGACUGCCCUUCCCUCGAUUCCAUCAGCCUGGUGGUUUCGUAUGGACCUAUUUGCGCAGUUCCAGCCAGACCAGUUCUGUGCUACAGAGCCGUCCCAGCGACCAUGCUCCCCAGGCUCAUUGGCUACCGUCUUCCCAUUCUCAGAAUUGACCCGCUUCCAAUUCUCAGAAUUGCCUUCAACCCAUCGAAGCCUGUCAAGCUUCCUGGCGUCAGCCCAAUCUGGACCACCUCCCCAUCCAACAAGGUCCCUGCUUCUCCUUUCAAGAGAACCCCACUCAAGCUUACUUUCCCCCAGCCACCCGCCGGCGAUGUGACCGCCCCCAAGCCAAAGAGCCUUGUCUACUCGCCCUACCACGACUUCUUCGUGCGUUUGAACUGGCUCUUUGAGACCUGGCGCCGCCAAAGCCAGACCAGCGCCUUGCUGCUUCCCCAGACCGUCCGCUUGCCGCUCGUGACGGUGGUUGUUCUCCCCAAAUCGGCCUUUUCGCCCAAUGGCCCCGAUGCUGUUUGUGCUAAGUCUCCACGCAUUGAGACCUUGGAGCACGAUUCCAGCGCCACGCUCGAGGAAAGCCUCCCACGCCCUAGUGCCUUGGAGGCUCAUCUCGCUCAAGCACUCCCUGACGACGCCAGUUUCCGUAGACUCGAGAAAAUGGGCUUGGACGUGGUUCAACUCUACGACAAGCCCGUGGCUGCGAAAUCCACAAAGGUGAGCUUUUCUGGAACCAACGCCGUGGUUGAGUUCUCCGCUGACGAUGCGCCUUCCAUCCUCAGCAAAAAUACUCCCGCUUCCCGUGGUUUCCACCCAAAAAGCGCCCUUCGUGCCCCGGCAGUCUUCCCUCUUUUGAAGGCCGCCCUGGUCCCUCAGCCUGAGGUCGCACCCCACGAUUUCGCAGCCGAGUUCAACGAAAUGGCACACCAGGUCGAGCAACUUGACCCCCUCGAGCCCGGCUACAACAGACACAGAAGAGAAAUCUGCCGCCGCUUCAAGGCCUUCUUCCAGUCUGUCGCCUCGGGGCCCCACGCCUCCGUACACCGGCUUUUGGCGUCCAAAGCCAAUGCGCUCGUUCACGCCAGAAAGUGUUUCGCAGCCACCGCCGCGGUAGCCAGAGGCCUUGCAGUCCAGGGCUCCCACGAUAUGGGCACCGUGCGGUCACUCUGCCUGAACCACAAUUUCACCGCAGAGUUUUUGACCGACUUGGAGUCGGGAAUCGACGACCACCUCGCCGAGUUGGGCCCGCAAUUGUCGUCCUUGCAGGCCUUGAGACCCUCGUUGGAAGGGUGGUACAUGCUGUUUUUUGAUACCCACUGCCGUGCUCGUUUUGCACCCACCGACGCCGACGAGGCCCAUUUCCACGAACGCAUUGGGUUUGCCCAGUACCGCCAGAGAUGUUUUAUGGUGGACACGGAAUUGGGCACCUGGGAGCAGUACUUGAGGCACCAUCUUGGUGUUUUGUGUGAGGCGGCGUGCUACAACGCCGAGCUGCUUCGGAUCAUGGCUCUGACCCAGUAG